AUGCAAAAUUUUGUGAAUGGUCUUAAGCUGAAGAUGAAGCAACUCAUUGAAACAGCUGUCGGUGGCUCAACAAAUUUCAAAACAGCCACGGAGAUCAAGAAGAUCAUUGAUGCUAUCACGGCGAAUGAACACUUGGAGUUAUAUGACCGCAGUGUUAAUCAGCCUGAAGGGUCAGUCGUUUUGAAGUUGUCAAAUCAAGUUAUUAAGAUGGAAGACCAAAUUGCGGCUGAAGUUGAACGAAGACUGAAACAAAUGGCUCUUGAAAAGCAAACUGUCGCACAGGUUCAACCGGCUCAGCCGAGUCAAGCGGUGAAUUGCGAGAUAUAUGGAGGAUCUCAUUUUGCCAUGCAUUGUGUAGUAACAGCACAACAGCCAGGUGCUCUACCUAGUGCCACGGUUACCAAUCCCAAAGAUCAUAACAAUGUAAGUGCGAUAAGCACUAGAAGUGGUAAAGCAAAAGAAGUUGUGGAGGAAAGUACCGAAGAAGAAGAGCCGUUGCUUGAAGUCGAUUUGGAAAUAAAGGAAAAUGAGGUAGAAUCUAAGGAUAUGAUUAUAUCAGAACUAAUGACGAAAGGGAAGAUUAUUGAGCCAAAGUCGGCAGUUAAACUUCCUUUUCCCACUAGAAAUAAAAAGAAGGGGCAGCAUGAGAAGAAUUUUGAAAAAUUCUUGGAGAUGUUCAAGAAACUUGAAUUAAAUAUUCCAUUCCUAGAGGCAUUGGAGCAAAUGCCUACAUUUGCCAAGUUCAUGAAGGAUAUCAUCUCCAAUAAAAGGACCAUCGAACGUGACCCGAUUAUUCUAACCAAAAAUUGUAGUACUAUUUUGCAGGGUACGAAGAUUCCGGUGAAAAAGAAGGAUCGAGGUUUCGUGACUAUCCCUUGCACAAUUGGGGAUAGGUCUUUCAAGAAAUCCCUUAUUGAUUUGGGAGCAAGUGUGAUUCUUAUGCCACUGUCCAUUUACAAGAGAUUAGGGAUAGGUAAAGUGCAAGAUACAAGAAUGACACUCCAAUUUGCUGACCACUAUGUGAAGAGACCAUACGGGAUAGUAGAAGAUGUGCUAGUAAAGAUCGACAAGUUUUUGUUCCCGGUGGAUUUUGUCAUUUUAGAGAUGCCGGAAGAUGAAUAG